AAUUUAUUUUAGCAGAAAUUUUGUACUAGGGAUACCCAUGGUAAGUAUUCCGCCCUCGGGUUUUACUGGGUUUCAUCUAGUGGCAAACCAGUAAAACCCGUGGGGUUUUAGUACGUACUUGGGGUUGAAGCGGGUUUAAGUUUACCUCAGAUUUAAUGAAAUAAGUCAAGUAAAACAAUUUCUGGCGAUGCAUUUCGUUAAUGUUCCCACGAUUUCACGAUUAUAUGCAACUUUUGCGUUUUAUUAUUUUGUCCCAACCCAAUGAGCAAAACCCAGUAAAACCCAGAAAUAUUCUAUGAAAUACCGCUACAAUAUCUGAAAAAAUCCAUACAUUUUAGAACAUGCCUGUAUAAUGAUUUUUCUGUAUUAUUGAGCACGCAGAGUUACUCAAUUUUCUAGGUAAAUGGAGAAAUUGUUUGUAGCCGUGAUAUCAGAAAAUCAGGGAUGAACACUUUUAGCCAAUUAAAAGGCUGUCAGGCUGAAAUUUGUGCCGGUACCGGGGUCCACAUGGAGUGCCCCACCUUCAACCAGUGUCCCAGUGGGUGGAAGAAAUCCUUCUAUGACACUGGAUUUGGCGACUUCAAAGGAUGCACCUGCACUCGACGGUUGACAGAUGAGGAAUACAAAAAUCGUACCGAGUGCCUCUGCAACUAUUAUAUCAGUGGGUGCACCCGUCAACCAUGCUUUACCUCCGGAUGCGAUUACGAUUGCAGACAAGCGAUGGACGAAUGCCCACAAGACGUCAAGAACGAUUUGUGCAGCGGCAAUAGAACUGAUUACAAAAGGUGGGAGAAAUUUUGUCCUGAACCAACUCCCAUUGACCCACAAUUAAGCGUACAAGAACUUUUAGAUCGUAUAUGCACAUCUUCGGCAGAAGACUUUUGUUACGAUUUUGGGACACUACUAAUUGUGGAAAUCGGCGGAACCAAACUACUCGGCCGAAGUUGCGAGGAAGACUACGACAUUCUAUGUCGUCAAACUUCAACAACUACCAGAAUGCCCAUUUUGAAUUGAUUUAUGUCGCUGAUCUAUAUAUGCACUUACUUAUAUGAAUUUAGACUUUACAAAAACAUUGCUCCUUUCUCUCCUUUCUCUCAUUGUAAUAACAAUUCGAUUUUAAUCAAAUAAAACACACGAAGCAUACA